UUGUGGAAUCCGAUUACCACGUUGCCCACAAGGAGUGGAAGGCUGACUGAGAUGACAGGCAGGGGUGGGAACGAUUCAAGCGAGAACUACAGAGUCACACAAGCUCCACUGACGGUGAGUUUAGCAAGACGACAAUGAUGGAAAAAUGCACCGACUGCACGAUUCUCUACGAUGGCUUUCUGUUUAAGGUCAACAUGAGCUGUGGAAGAAGGCUGCAUACAAACAGGACACACACAGUGUCAUCUUGAGGGACUUACCCUCAGAAGUAAUCAUCGGAUGUCUUUCCUGUCUGCCAUUUGGUCCUCAAGAUCAGCACCUGAUUGGACCGAUGGGUGGCAUGAGACGGGGUCAAUAGUUGAAUGAAUUAGCAUUUUAUCACAGAGGCCGCAGCCAUGGCGGGGUCUCAGGAGGCAAAUCUGGAUGAGAAUAUGGUGUUCCUGCCAGUAAAGCCAUCUUCCCCGGAGUUCCUCUACUCUGAGCUGGAGCGCCAGUCAGUGGAGAAACUCCUGUGCGAAGGUCCCAAAGCCUUCUACAAGUCCGUCGGUGCAGGGCUCUUCAGCUCCUUCCUGUCUCCAGAUGAGGUGGGCGAGAUAACCAGCUGGGUUCAGGACUUUCAUUUUACACCCCUGCAAAAAGAGGAGAAUGGAGGGAAAGCCAACCUGGAUGCAGCGGACUUAACAUCCUCCUACUUCCCUUCCUACUCGGAUGUGCCGGCUCCGGGUUUGGACCUGGGCUGGCCAGAAGUGCCUUGGGUACGCAUGGAAAACGUUGCAGUCUACACAAAUCCCCCCUCCGACGGAGAACCUUCCAUCAGAGAGGUCAUCCGAAGGCAUCUGCAAAAGGCCAGCCAAGUACUUGCUAUUGUGACUGACCGUCUGACAGACAGCACUAUAAUUGGGGAUUUACAUGAUGCAGCCUCCAGGGGUGUCCCGGUUUACAUCAUCCUCAACCAAAGAACCGUUGAGGAGAAGUACACACUCCACAGGCUGGGACAUGUGAAUAUUCAGGUUCGUCUUCUUGGAGGCAAAAGCUUUUGUUCGAGGACGGGAAAGAUGAUGAUUGGGGAGUUGAAAGACAAAUUUAUUCUGGUGGAUUUGGAGACAGUAAUUCAUGGCAGCUGCAGUCUCACAUGGACUGAUGCUCAUUUACACCGGCAACUCAUUACUGUUGUCAGUGGCUCGGCUGUUGACAGCUUCGACAAAGAGUUCCGGAUCCUAUUUGCCGCGUCCGCCCCGGUUCCUAACUUGUGGGAUUACUCUGUUUCCCACAUGGAAAUGCCUAAGCAACAAAAAGACUUCACCGACCCUAGCCCCCCAAGACACUUCCACAUGAAACACGAGAUCCUCAACCCCCCUCCUUCGCCACCGAUGGACACACACCUGGACUGGGAAGCCAUGGGCGUCAUCCCCAGAGGGAGCCUACCGGAUAGUCCUUUUGAAGAAGAGCAAACUGUGGCAAAGGAAACAGCCCUGCAGACUGAUAUGCAGUUUGAUAAAAUGACACCCGUUCCAGAUAAUUUUACUCAGAAUGGAUACGAGCCUGUGACCACGGCAAGGGUAUGGGACAGCUCUCCGGUGACAAACAAUAUGCUGGACAAUGCAAACAUUUUUAAUUGGGCCGACUGUCAGACAGAACAAGCAGCAUCCCGGCAGUUCUACAAAGAGAAGAGAAACAACGCGGACGACAGAACGUCAGCAUGGCGCGACAACAGAGAAGGCGACUUGAGGCAAAACAUUUUUUUAUUUUCCUCGAUGAGGGAAAAGCGAUGUGCAAACCUGGAUUCCAGUGAGAGAGAGGAGAUCGACGUGGACAACAUCAGCUCCAGCAUAGAGAACAAAGCCGCCUCGAGAAAGCCAUUAAUCUUGAGGGUGCCCCAGUCGGAGAGCUUCAACUCACUGAGCGACCUCAUGAAGAGGUUGACGUCUCAGGCGAACAAGGGGGAACUGUACAGGAGAGGCUCCAGGACCAACAUGCCCGAGACGUCCCAGUCCAUGACGGACCUCCGCGCAGAUGCGCCCAGCGCAGACCGAACUCCAGAUGAGAGAAGACUCUCAGUACCGAGGCCCAAUGCCAACUGUUAUGACCCGGACCAAAUGACACCGGGCUUGAUACUGAUGAAGAGGAGGAACAAUGUGAUCAAGUCAGCCCUACAAAGAAUUCCAAAGGCCUUUCAGCCCAGAGAGCGACCUCGCAGCUUUGGUCUGGAUAUGAACUGGAAGCCUCUAAGGGAAAGAAAGUGGGAAGAAGAAUGAGCUGCCGCACAGAAUAACAAGGUUCUGUGUCUUGAAGGAAACUGGAAAACCUCUGUUACCUCUGUAGUAUUAAACACACAACCAAGAAAAAAGGCUGACUUAAAUCCUUAUUUUAAAUCUUGUGAUGAUUUACAGCAGCGCGGUAGACUAGUGAUUAGCAUGUCUCCCUCACACUUGUGAGGUUUGGGCUUUGAAUCUCAGCUUCGGCCUUCCUGUUUGGAGUUUUCAUAUUCUCCCCGUGUUUGCGUGGGUUUUCACCUCGCAGUCUGGCCUCCUCCCACAUUCCAAAAACAUGGAUGUUAGGUUAAUUGAAGACUAUAAAUUGUCCACUGCUGUGAAUGUGAGUGGGAAUGGUUGUUAUAUGUUCCCCACGAUUGGCUGGCAACCAGUUCAGGAUGUACCCAGUUUCUCCCACCCAAAGUCAGCUGGGCUAGGCGCCAGCUCCCCUGUGACCCUACUGAGGACAUGUGCUUUAUUUUUUUCUUUUAUUACUGUAAAAGGUAAAAUAUUAUGAUUCUGUUUUUUAUGUGUCCAACUAUAUUUUAACUGUGUGACGUUUGUGAGUCCUAUUUGUGUAAAGUGCUACAGGCCUAUAAAUAAAAUGUAUUUACUUCCUAUAGAAAAUGGAUCGAUUGAUAUAGUUUAUGGUAGCACGGUGUUAUUGUGAUUGGUGCAUGAGCCUCACAGUCGAGAGGUUCAAACCUCAGUUGUGGCUUACUCCCACAUUCCAAAAACAUAGUUUCACUAAAGACUUAACAUUUUCCAUAGGUGUGAAUGUGAGUGCAAAUUAUUGUUGGUCUAAAUGCGUUGUAUGCAAUUGGCAGUCCAGAGUAUACACGGCUUCUCUUGCCCAAAAGUCGGCAGGGAUAGGGUUCAGUUCAGUGCUAUAGAAAAUGGAUGGAUGGAAGGGGGAAAAUAUUUAUUAUACCUAAUAUACCUGUGAGGGUGACAGGUUAACCACUCCUACACCGUGCUGCCUACAUUGAAAAUGUUUCUAAUAAUGUACACUUCAUGCAUCCUACAAAUGACCGGGAGUGAACCGCAGUCUGAGCCCGCCACACGCGACAGAGUUGAAAAUCCUGUCCGACACGAGGCUGAGCUAUGCCGUUUAAGAUUGGUCAUUAUAAUCUUUCCCUUACAUACAGCACCAGAAACCAUAGAUGUGUUAAAUUCCUCAUUUGCGUUCACAUUUUGUAUCACCUUUUUUCCAUUCAUUUACGUAAUUUUCAGCAUUUUUUG